CCAGCGCUACAUAUUCAUCGCAAUGGCACUCAGCUCGACGGUUGUCUGUCUUCUCGCCGGACUCCUUCUCCUCGGUCUCGUGCGGGCGGAUGUGGGUGUGGCCACGCAGCGAAAUGGGGCCUUGUAUCCAGCAGCCGGCUUCAAGCCAUCUAGACAGUUUGGCCUACCGGCAACCUUCCAGCAACCGAAGUCCGCUCGCCUGGUAGCCAACAGUGAGGCGCAGGAGGAUCUGGACGACGCCGCCGAGGAGGUUGAGGUGACCCAACCCAAGGCAGUUCCUGUGCCACGCCUGAAUCCUGCUCCAGGGCCAGCACUGCCGGUGACUCCCACCAUCGCAUACUAUCCGGCCGGAGCCGUGGGCUUCGUCCAGCCAGCCACUUUCGCCAAACUCAUCGGAGGGCCACAACAGCCGGCACCAUAUGCACACGCUCCCCAGUUCUACCAAGCCUAUUUUGGAUAAGCAUGAACAGAUUCAGAUACAGAGUACAUUAACUUUAGGUAACUGUAUUAAACUAUAUUAGGCAAAAAAGGGAAGCCAUUAUAUUUUAUUUUUAUUUGCAACAAAGAAAGUCAUAACAGUUACGGAUUUUUCCCACCCUAUAAAGAAUAUAUUGUUGAUCAGCGAAGUCACUUGUGCUUCUGUCCAAAAUAUCUGAAACUAAAAUAGCGAGAAUUCGAAUUACGCUUGCAGAUCUAAAGACGCCG